GUACCUCAUAACUGCUUUGUUCAUUCAUACUGAAGCAGAAUAGGGAUUCCUAGGGUUGUGUCUCCCCAUAAAACGAAUCUCUUUUUCUUCUCCUACACUAGCCAGUCGCCGCCGCCACCACCACCACCACUCUCCUCUUCUAAUCGCCGAUUAGGGUUUUGAAAUCAGAUCACCUUUUUUUUUUUUUUUUUUUCAUUUCUUGUCUUUGGUUACUUGAACUAUUAACUGAUAAAUUUCAAGGGUAAAACGGUUCUACAUUGAUAUGAGUUGUAAAACUAUGAAGCGAUCGAGGAGAUCCAACAGGGUUUCUUGGGCUCCUGGUGUUAAUCUUUGUCAGGUAAAGUUGUUUUUAAUGGGAGAUUGUCCUUCCAAAGUUGCUAUUGAACCUGAAGUUAGUCUAAAUGCAAAAUCAUUAUGGACAUUGCAUCUUAGUGGUGUGGACACAGAUGGUCUUCCUCCAGGGUUUAAUGGGGGUAAUUCUUUGACUAAUAUGAAGAAUGAAAUAUCACAUAUUCCUCGGAUUCAGUGGAAAUGUCCUCCCAAAUUUGCUGUGAAUGCCAACUGGCAAGUUGUAGCUGGUGAGGAAAGUGAAGAGGUAGAAGCUCAGAAGUUUCGAGAAAUUAAAGUGCUUGAAGCAGUUUAUCCACGUCCUUCUGCUAUCCCUCCUAGUCCCUCUGUUUCGUUGGACAUAAAGGCUGAAAACUAUGACGAUAGCCAGACUACUGUCAUUCCUAUAACACCUAUUGAAGAUGAGGAGGAUACUGAUGUACCAUCUGAUUUUCCAGCACAAGCAAACAUAUCUCAUGGUCUCUUUGUAUCUAGUACUCCCAACACUACUCUACAUCUUAAUGGUCCAGUGCUAGAGCUGCCUGCUAAUGAAAGACCACCAACUGUGGCAUCAACUGGUCUAAGCCCUGAUAUUAUGCUAGCUGCUUCAGCUGUCUUCACUACAAUUAUGAAAAGCAAAGAGCUGGGCGGUAUGAUUGACCCUGACUUGCUUGUCAAGAUUCUCAGUGACCCAAAGACAGUUGAGACUCUGGUUAAAGAUCAUGGGGCGCCUUCUGCAAACACAAGUGCCCCUGCUACGGCUGCAAAGGCUCCAACCUCUUGUGGGUUAAGUGCACCCCUAUUUGUGUCCAAGUCAGUGACUGCACCAGUUCCUCGCAAUUGUCGAAAACCUGCUCUGGAUUUGCCACCAAUACCAGCAAAUAGAAACCCAAGCCAUUCACCAAGCGGGGAUAGGGUGCUACCUACAUCAAGUAUGACGACUAUGCCAGCAGUUCCCACAUCCAGCCUUGGAAUGAAUGCGGUAUCAGCAUCUAGAACUGCAAAUGAUAAUGUUUACUCUACAUCAAACAGGAUGCAGCCUGCUCAACCAAAUUCCGUCCCAAAGGUUCAGCCCACCAUCAGUACAACUCUAGUACAGCCAAAAUCUGCCACUGUUCCCCCCUUUGCAGCACCUGCGAGACCAAAUUCCGUUUCAAAGUUUGAGUCCACCAUCAGGAGAACUCCAGCGCAGUCUAAUUCUGUUACUGUUCCCACCUUUGCAGCACCAGCGAAAGUAAAUCCAGUGAAAGAUAUUAACUACAUUAAGAACCUGAUUAAGGAACAUGGGAGAGAAAAGCAAGAGAAACAGGACUUUAAUAUGCUGCAAUCCUCCAGUCACCAUCAUAAGAACAUGCAGGUACCGGUACAGAACUUAAAAUCUGGACAAUCUGGACAACUGAAAUUAAAGAAACAAAAACCUUGCAUGUAUUUUGGCACUCCAAGGGGAUGCCGAAAUGGUACCAAUUGCCCUUAUCUGCAUGACUUGUCUGGUGGUGAGGUAAUGGAAGUCCCAAAUGCCAAGAGAAUGAAACUGAGUAGUGAAAUAAGAGGAAGGUAGAAGGCAGGGCAAUUAUUUUAUGUACAGGUUUUUCAGCUGAAGAGCUGAGCUUCAGAGAGUGAGUAUAAUUCCCAGGAUUACGAAUGGGUCAAUUGUGAAAUAUUUUUAGUAGAAAUCUGAAAAAUAUUUGUUCAAAAUUUAGCUGAAGAUCAAGUGGGAACCGGGAAGGCCUAAUAUAAAUUACAAAACCAG